GCUGUGAUGGACCCGUGCUUUUCAGUCUGUCUGCAGCGCUGCACAGUAAAGAUGGUGCUCAGGAUGCUGCUGCCCUGCCGUGAGGUACCAUGAUCAGCAGGAUGUUACUAGUAACUUCCUUGGAGCCAUGUGGUUGAUUUCAAUAACUUUUCUAUCCAUUGGAUAUGGUGACAUGGUACCUAAUACAUACUGUGGGAAAGGAGUCUGUUUACUCACUGGAAUCAUGGGUGCUGGGUGCACUGCACUGGUGGUAGCUGUGGUGGCAAGGAAGUUAGAACUUACCAAAGCUGAAAAACAUGUGCAUAAUUUCAUGAUGGACACCCAGCUAACUAAAAGAGUGAAAAAUGCAGCUGCCAAUGUACUCAGGGAAACAUGGUUAAUUUAUAAAAACACAAAGCUGGUUAAAAAGAUAGACCAUGCAAAAGUAAGGAAACAUCAGCGCAAAUUCUUGCAAGCUAUUCAUCAAUUAAGAAGUGUAAAAAUGGAGCAAAGGAAACUGAAUGACCAAGCCAACACUUUGGUGGACCUGGCAAAGACUCAAAACAUCAUGUAUGACAUGAUUUCUGACUUAAAUGAAAGAAGUGAAGAUUUUGAGAAGAGAAUUGUUACUCUGGAAACUAAACUGGAAACCUUAAUUGGUAGCAUUCAAGCUCUCCCUGGACUGAUUAGCCAGACGAUCAGCCAGCAACACAGGGAUUUCCUUGAGGCUCAGAUGCAAAAUUAUGAUAAGCAUGUUACCUACAGUGCUGAGCGAUCACGAUCUUUGUCAAGAAGAAGGAGAUCCUCCUCCACAGCACCACCAACUUCAUCGGAGAGUAGCUAGAAGACAAUAAGUUAACUGCAAAAUAAAGACUUUUUGCCAUCAUAUGGUCAAUAUUUUAGCUUUUAUUGUAAAGCCCUAUGGUUCUAACCAGUGUUAUCUGGGUUCUGAUGUCAGAGUCCUGGAAACCUGAACACAAUGUUUUAGGCCAAAACGAGUUAAAACUCUUCUUUUUUCUUUUUUUUUUUCCCCCUCCUCCUCUCAGAUGCACAAUGAAUGCACCUAUUAUUGCUAUAUUACAUUGUUCCUCCUGCAAUUUCACUGACUUUUUAUUCAUGCAUUUCAAACAAUCUUUACUUACUAGAAUAUAUAAUAUAAUAAAGAAGUUAAUUUCUGCA